AUGGCCGCCUCCACUGCACCGCCGUCGUUGCGAGAGGCACAGGUUUCCUCGCUGCUGUCGCUGCUCAACUUUAACCACCCCGUCUCUGCCGCGCAAGUUAAGGCGACCACGAACAACGCAUCCACUUCCUCAGCAGCAGCGAGCAGAAAUGCAGCGCCGACGCCGCAGCUGCCCGCCGGCCCAUCAAUCUGGAAGGUACUCGUCAUGGAUAAGACCAGCCAGGAUAUCCUCGCGACUAGUCUGCGCGUCCAGGACCUCAAGGACCACGGCGUCACGCUCCACCUUCAGCUCCUUUCCGAUCGCCCACCGCUGCCCGACGUUCCCGCCAUAUACUUUGUAGCACCCAAGACGGAGAACUUUAAGCGAAUAGCAGAGGACCUUGCGCGAUCGACGUACGAAUCCGCCUACGUCAACUUUACCACAUCCGUUACGCGGGCGCAGCUCGAGGAAUUUGCCUCGAUCAUCUCGAAGGACGGGUCAGAAGCAAGCAUCGAGCAGGUGUACGAUCAGUACCUCGACUUUAUCGUUCUCGAGAACUCUCUCUUCUCGCUCCUUCCGGCGCAGCCGCAGGCGCAGGCAACUUCAGCCGCUGCGCAACAGAAGGGCCUGAACGGCUUAGCAGCAAGCACUGGCAGCGGUAGCGACUCAUCCAUCUGCACGUACGAGAUCCUCAACGACCCCAAGAGCGGAGAGCUCGAGGUGGAGGACGAGACGGACCGCAUCGCGAAAGGGCUCUUCUCCAUCCUCGCCACCUUUGGCCAGUCCAACCUGCCCAUCAUCCGCUCGCCGCGAGGCAAUGCUGCCGAGCUCGUCGCUCGCAAGCUCGAGGGCAAGCUGCGGGACCAUAUGAGCGGCACACGCGGCAGCAGCGAUCUGUUCGGCGGUGGCGGAGAUGCAGCAGCGGGUUCUUUGAGCGCUUGGAGCGCUCAACGGCCGUUGCUUGUGAUCCUGGACCGGAACAUCGAUCUGGUGCCGAUGCUGUCGCACUCAUGGACCUACCAAGCGCUGGUGAACGACGUGCUGGACAUGAACCUCAACCGCGUCACCGUCGAGACAUCGGAGAAUGAUAAGAAGCAAAAGCGCGCUUACGACCUGGACGCCAAGGACUACUUUUGGGCGCGCAAUGCGGGAACACCUUUCCCGCAGGUGGCAGAGGACAUCGACACGGAGCUGAACCGGUACAAGACGGACGCGGCGGAGAUCACGCGCUCGACGGGGAUCAGCAGCAUGGAUGACGUGCAACAGCUCGACCUAUCGUCCAACGCGGCACACCUCAAGGCCGCCAUCACGGCGCUGCCGGAGCUGACGGCGCGCAAGCAGACGAUCGACACACAUAUGAACAUCGCCACGGCGCUCCUGCAGGGCAUCAAGUCGCGUGGCCUCGACACGCUCUUCCAGAUGGAGGAGACGAUUAUGCGUCAGAGCAAACUGCAGGUAUUGGAGGCCAUCAGGAACCCCGAGCUCAAGGAGGUCGCCGCGGAGGACAAGCUGCGUCUGUUUAUCAUCUUCUACCUCAGCGCGCCUGACUCGGUCCUCGGCAAGGCGGACAUCGCCGACUUUGAAAAGGCGCUGCAGGAAGCCGGCGCCGACCUGCGGCCUCUGCAGUAUGUCAAGAAGAUCCGAGAGCUGACGCGCAUGACGAUGAUGGCGUCAGCGCCGGCCGCGCAGCCAUCGGCAAGCGGCGAGCUGUUCAAAGGCUUUUCCGCCAUCAGCAGCCGGCUGACUGACCGGCUCAAGGAUAGCGGGUUGGACAACCUCGUCGCGGGCGUCAAAAACUUCCUGCCGGCGCAGAAAGACCAAACGGUUACGCGUAUUGUCGGCAGCCUGAUGGACCCACAGAGCGCGUCGGUACAGGCCCUGCAGGAGACAGACGACUACCUCUACUUUGACCCGAAACAGGUGCGCAACGCGCGAGGCGGCGCCGCCACGGCCGGCACUGUCGGCGGGACAAAGGCGCGCCAGGCGUUCAACGAGGUGAUUGUUUUUGUCGUCGGGGGCGGCAGCUACCUCGAAUACACCAAUUUGCAGGAGUACGCGGCGCGCAUGCGUGCGCAGCAGGUCGGCAGCGCGCAACUGCGACGUAUCACGUACGGCGCGACGGAGAUCCUGUCGCCCAGUCAGUUCUGUAAAGUGCUGGGUAACCUCGCGCUCAAGUCGAGCUGA